UUAUAACAAACUUCUUUAUUAUUAAUUACUAAGUUGUACGUAUAAUAUUAUAGAAAAUACAGUUUUAAAUGUCUAUAAUUUUAUUUAGAUUUAAAAUAUGGUUUAAGGUCUAAAAAACUACCGACCUUUUAAAAAAAUUUCAAUUGCACCCUCACCUUGUAAUUUCUUCAAUAGCACCCUAUUUCGUAUUUUUGGCUUUCAAUAGCACCCCGACCUUGUAAAACAGUCAAUUUUAUCCUAUUUUGUAUUUUUGACUUUCGAUAGCACCAUAAAUCAUCAAAUUAAACUCAUUUAUCGAGGACUUAUUUGAAUUUUUUUUUAAGUUAAAGAACUUGUUUAAAAGUGUCCAAAUAGAAAAAAGUAUGAUUUCAUCUUUAAAUUUAGUUUUUUUGAAAAUUUUCAUCCUUAUAGUAAUCAAAUCAUCUAAUUUUUUUAAUUUAGAGUGUUAUUGAAAGCCAAAAAUGCAAAAUAGGGUGCUAUUGAAAAAAUUACAAGGUGAGAGUGCUAUUGAAAAAAAUUUGAAAGGUCGGUAGUUUUUCAGACCUUCAGUCUUAAAAUAUUUGGGUCAUUUAAAACUGAUACAAAAAAUAAUAAUUGUUUAUAUAAUAAAUAAGGUUUAUAUCAUUAAUAAAUUUUAAGAUAUUUAAUGAUAAUCAUGAAAUGAUGAGUUAAAUCAAUUGAAUUGAAUUUGCUUUUGGUUUUUUUAAUUUAUACUAUAGUAAUUCCUUAGAAAUGUAGGAAGGUGGAUAAUUUUUGCAUAAAUAUAUAUAUAAAUUUCGUUUUGAAGAAUGGAAUGUUGAGGUUUGUGUGAUAUAGAUAGAACUAGAAGAGGAGAAAUGAAGGUAAGAGAUUGAGAAUGGAGAAAUUAAUAAAUUUGUAGUCAAAGUGAAGCCAAGAAACAAAAGUGUUGGGUUGGGUUGGGUUUAAUAAUGAAUAGAUGUGCUGCCUGCGUCAAUAUUAUGAAUAAUUGUAAUUUGUAGCAGAGAAAAGGGUGAUGUGGAUUAUCCCACUUUGUAUUCCGCCAUAGUCUUGUUGCUUUCACUUGCCUGCCACCCACUGCCAAUCUCCUCUCUCUCUAAAACCACCUCCCUUAUCUCAUUACUCUUAUCAACCACUCUCUCUCUCUCUUCUCCUUGGUGGGUUCUUCUUCUUCUUGCCAAUUAAUGGUGACAUGAUAUUACCAAAAUGAUUAACAAAUGUUGCCUUGUAAACUUGGUCAUUACAUUAUGUCUUCUUCUUCUUCUUGCUUCCUUGGCUUCUUGCUCUAAUAGUAAUCCCCCGCUUCUUCCUCCUACACCUUCCCCUCAGCCUCAGGGUUUUUUAUUUGAUGAAGACAAAACAAGAUUAGGUUCAACACCACCAAGUUGCCACAAUAAAUGCAAUAAUUGCCACCCAUGCAUGCCAGUUCAGCUCCCUACAAUACCGACUCACACCCGGCUUCAACCUGCUUUUGUUCAAACCCAAAGCACCGCACAUUCUUCAGGAAAUAAUAAUAGGUACUCUAAUUAUAAGCCAUUGGGUUGGAAGUGCCACUGUGCUGGACUUUUUUAUAAUCCUUAAUUCAUGAUCACAAAUUAACACUUGGGGUAUUUUUUUUCUUGAUUAACAAAUUACCUAUUCUUUUUAAUUUGUGAUAAUUGUACACUUUUAGACUUUCAUACUCCACAUUGUACAGACAUUAUAAUAGACUUGCAUCUUUUAGCUUGUUUUUGCUGUGA